CCCCCCCCCUCUCUCUCUCUCUCUCUCUCUCUACACGACGACCACUUCGCCCACCACUCCCACGCCCGCACCGGCAGCGCCAGUUCACCCACGAGCCCGACGUGCGUCGCCUCUCGCGCCGACAGUCGCGCGCGGCGCCAGACGCGGGGACCCCCACCUCGAGCAAGGCAGAAGCUGCCGCGAACUCCUCUCCUGCGCCAGCUCCCCGCAUUGAGCCGCGCGGCUCCCGGCGAAACGCCACGCCGGGGCGGUCGCCGCCUGCCGUCGCGCCGGAGUCGGAAUCAGAUUAACAAAUUAGAGGUAUCCUGAAAUGGGUGCCAAAGAGAAUGGCGAAGUGAGAGAUGAGAAGGGAGUUAGAUCAGAUUAUGAACCAUCCAGAGUUUCUGUUCCCUCACAAGGUGAGGCUCAUGGUAAUGAAGACAAUAGAGCGAAAAGAGGUUCAGUAGUUCCAAAGAAGCUCUUGAAAAAAGAGACCAAAGAAAAUAGCCCUCGCAUGGCCAAAAGCAGCACAAGUCGUCAAGUUCAAAACAAGGUGCAGCAGAAAGCACCAAACAACACUCAGAACAGAUCACCAAAACCUAGGAAAGCAGCAGUUAAUGCUGCUAGAGCAAUUGAAGUUAGAAGACCAGAUAUUGUAAAAAUACCUUCUCGCCCUCCAUCAGAACUGUCCGAGGAGGCAGAUGAUAUAGUUAGUGAAGCAGGAACCAUUGAUGAUAGAGGCAAUGAAGAGGCCAAAGAGAUUGAUGUGUUAGACGAAGCUCCACACUGCGAUCAGAGUACUGGUACUGACGAUGAAAUUGCUGAUAUUGAAGAAAAGAUGGUUGAUGAUGACAAAGCAGUUUUACAUCGGAGAAAUGAGGAACUACAGUCAAAACUUGAGAAGAUGGAGCAGGAACUUCGUGAAGUUGCUGCACUCGAAGUUUCUCUUUACUCUGUAUUGCCUGAGCAUGGAAGUUCAGCACAUAAGUUGCAUACCCCAGCUCGGCGCCUUUCUAGGCUGUACACUCAUGCAUCCAAGUUUUGGUCCCCGGAUAGGAGAGCUUCAGCAGCAAAAAAUACUGUUUCUGGUCUUGUUCUCGUUGUGAAAUCCUGUAGUAAUGAUGCUUCAAGGUUAACAUACUGGCUGUCCAAUACAGUUGUUCUCCGAGAGAUAAUUUCAAAAUCUUUUGGCAUCUCACGUCAAUCAACUCCAACCAUGACGUCUAAAAACUUAAAUGGCAGUGCACAAUGGUUUGAUGGAAAAUCCACGCCCAGAUCCAUGCCAGUGCCAUGGAACCACUCCAAUGGCAAGCAAACUGAACUUGCUUUCAUACAGAUAGCAGAUAAUUGGCAGGAAACUAGUACACUUUUGGCCGCAUUAGAGAGGAUUGAAUCUUGGAUAUUUUCUCGGAUUGUCGAGACAGUGUGGUGGCAGGCAUUAACUCCUCAUAUGCAAACCCCGGCAGAAGGUUCGUCUACCCCAAAAGCUCGGAAAGUGUUAGGCCCUUCCUUGGGUGAUCAGCAGCAAGGCACCUUCUCUGUUAACUUGUGGAAGGCUGCAUUUCACGAUGCAUACAGCAGACUCUGCCCUCUUCGUGCUGGUGGGCAUGAGUGUGGCUGCUUGCCAGUAUUGGCAAAACUGGUGAUGGAGCAAUGUGUGGCCCGUUUAGAUGUUGCAAUGUUUAAUGCCAUUCUUCGUGAAUCAGCUAGUGAGAUACCAACUGAUCCAAUAUCUGACCCAAUCGUUGACCCAAAAGUCCUCCCGAUCCCAGCUGGUGAGCUAAGCUUUGGGUCAGGAGCGCAGCUGAAAAAUUCUAUUGGAAAUUGGUCGAGAUGGUUGACGGAUAACUUGGGCAUUGAUGCUGAUGACCCUGAGGAUGAAGGUUUCGACAUAGGAAAUGGGAAUGACGAAAGAAUUGGUGCAGCUGAAGCAAAGUCUUUUAAGUUGCUUAAUGAACUGAGUGAUCUCCUGAUGACCCCGAAGGACAUGCUUAUUGAAAAAUCCAUCAGGAAAGAGAUCUGCCCUUCGGUCGGGCUUCCACUUGUAACAAGAAUCCUGUGCAACUUCACUCCUGACGAAUUCUGCCCCGAUCCUGUCCCUAGCAUAGUCUUAGAGGAGCUGAAUUCUGAGAGCUUGCUGGAGCGUCACACCGCAAAACAUGCGAUCAGCGCAUUCCCGUGCAUCGCUGCUCCUAUCGCGUACCGCGCCCCUUCCCAACUGGAUGUGGAGGAGAAAGUGUCGGUAGCCGGAGGCAGCGCAAAGCUGGACAGGAGAGCCUCAAUGGUCCAGAGGAGAGGGUACACCAGCGACGAUGAUCUAGAUGACCUGGACUCCCCCCUCGCGUCCCUGUUCGACAAGAGCGCCCCACCUUCGCCGUCAAACGGCGCCACGCCUUUCACUGCUCAGCAGAGAGGAGCUUCCAUGGAGAACGCGAGGUUUGAGCUCCUGAGGGAGGUAUGGCUGGAGCGGCGCGGCAGUGAUCCGGUGAACUUGUGAAGAUCACCUCUAUAGUUACUCCUUAUAUUACAUAAAAAGAAAAAAGGGUUGGGAAACCCUGGAGAGGUGAAAACCGCGAAAGAAGUUGCUUUUGCAGCAGAACUAGGGCCCCUUGUAUGAUAUCUUUGUACAUCUCUAUAUAUAUGUUGUUUCUUUUUUCUGUAGUAGUGUAUAGGACAUAAAUGGACAGCACUAUGGCCCCCUGGAGGCUAAAAAGAUUUGGUCUAUGUCCUUUGCCGAUU